CAUCAUCAAGCAGGAAGCACGUCGUCGUCGUUCUUUGCCGCAUACAGAACAAUGUCUCUAAUGGGGGAGGAGGGUCGGGGCUACGAACUGGCCAGAAAGCUCGAGGUCUGCGGGGUGUGGCGCUCGUGGCUGGGCGACUCCAAAUACGUCGGUUUCUCCGAUUUCCUCAACUCGCCUUCCUCAUGGAAAGCCUUCAUGCGGACCGACGAGUCCAAUUCUAGGGCUCAUAUCCAUCUCCAACUCCAGGUUCGAGCACUCCUCUUCGACAAGGCCAGCAUCUCUCUCGUCUUCUUCGUCUCUAGCGUCUUCUUCUAUUGCAGUUUCAAAGCUCAAUCCGAGUUAUUUGAGAUUGCGCGGUGAUGACGUUUACUUCACAUUGGAGAACCCUGCACAAGACUGGGUACAACAGCGGGAAGGUGGUGUUUUGUCCAAUAUGGCGUCUUCCAAGGUUCGAUACCUCAAUUUCAUCCUCUUUUAUCUCUACUUGUUUGCUUGUUUUUUGAUUUUAAAAAGAUUUGGUCCUCUUUGCUUGGUUCUCACAGGGAUGGGCAGUUUAGGAGAUUUAUAAUAGAGGGUAGCAUGAAAUUGAGUGAUAAGGAUAAAAAUUAUUACUUGCUGUGUUCUACUUAUAUCUCCCUUAUUUAAAUAAAUGAGUAAAAUAAUGACCAUCCUUUUAAUUUUUAGUAGAAAUAGAAAACAGAGGAUGUCAGAAAUCACAAGACUAGUUCGAGUAAAGGCUAGUUCUGCAAUUUGGAUUUCAUCUUUUUUAUCUUCUUUUUUUCCAGCAACUGAACCAAGCUCUAAGAAGAAUGUAUCAUAGAUUGUUUCACUAAAAUUAUUUUUUUUUAGGUAAUUUCACUAAAACUGUUAAACGCUACAAAAUUGUCAUUGGCCACAAAAGGUUGAUAGCAUGAAUGCA